AUGGGCGGCCGCGUCGCACGCGCGGCGGUGGACCUCGACGAUGCGGAGUUUCAGGAUGAUGUCUUCCCCUGGUUCCACCUGAUUCAGUGGAGCGCAGAAGACGCCACCAACAACCGCGUCUUCCGCUACGACCUGAAAGGUGCCCAGAGUGCGGCCAAAGCGCUCACCACAGACGUGGAGACCUUCCUGAGAAAAUGCCCCGAGGAGCUGCCGAAGAGCGCAGGGUUCACGAUGGACGACGACACGUACUUUGCGGAGUGGGCCGGAGCGCUGCUGGAGUGGAACCCGGAGCUGCGGAUGGUCCGGUUCCAGCUGGUGCCCAGGCGGCUCUCCGAGGUGAAGUUCUGGAGCCGCUUCUUCGCGGCGCUGCGAGGAGCCAUCGCCGGCUUGCUCUUCCAGGACUCCGACGGGUCGGACGGGCCGGACGCGUCGGACGGGCCGGAGGAACCGGAAACCGCGGAGAGCGCAGGAGCUGGGAGUCGUCAACUUUCCAUGGCCCUGCUUUCUCCCAUGGCUGGAGGGGAGAGAACCAGCGAGAUGCGGCGACUUCGCCGGCUUCGAGCACGGACGGGCCGAAAAUAG